CUGUCUGCCUCCACAGUCUCCACGGCAGCCUACUCAGUACCCCGGCCACAGAGAUUUUGCAGUCUAGACCAACAAAUGAUGCUACGGCUUGGGCCUUCAACAUAGCAAGCACUGUCAAAAAGCUAGUGCUAGCUGGCUCUUUAGUGAGCUUGCAUAUCAGCUAGCUAGCUAGCUAGUAAUAUCUCUGAAUUUCGUCCACAUCGACAAGCUAGCUAACUCGAGACCCAAGAAGCAUUGUAAGCUAAAAAAGCCAGUUCACCCUAACGCGCAUACACACACAUCAACACGGCAUUGAUGGUGAUGCAUGCAAGUAAACAACCAAGACUCAGCGAUGGGAGCAACGACCGAAGGGACUCGCAAUCCUACCAGACCCAUAAGUCUCAGCCAAAGCCAAGCCAGUCUGCCACCCUUCACCGUCAUGACAAGCUGCGAGACGCCUCCUCUGACCCCACGCCGCCCUACAAGAUGCAGCGCCGCUCCCAAGACAGCCCGGUCGCCCGGCACGGCGCCGACGCCCCCGGCCAGGGCAAGCCGAAGGCCUCCCACGCCCUCGGCAGGGUCAAAGAUGGCGGGACCAGUACCUCUCCUGAGGAGAACAACCAUACCUCCCAUCACAGCUCAGACUCUCACCCCAGCCAGAACAAGUCUUCAGACAGGCCUCACGAGCCAGCAGAUGACUGGUCAGAGCACAUCAGCUCGUCUGGGAAGAAGUACUACUAUAACUGUAGAACUGAGGUGUCCCAGUGGGAGAAGCCCAAGGACCUGCUGGAGAGAGAGCAGAGACCGAAGGAUCCUGCCAAGAUGGCAUCCAACAGUUUCCCUAAGGACCGGGACUACAGACGAGAGGCCUUGCAGGACGGAGCCACAGCAAAAUCCUCCUCAGGAGGAGACAAGCCUUCCUCCCACACUGCUUCCUCCCAGUCCUCCUCUGCUCCUCAGGGCCUAAACCCCGCCUCCGGCCCCUCCCCUUCCACCUCCACUUCCUCCUCCGCGUCCCAGCCGUCCCCGGCUGUCCAAUCGCAGUCGUCGGCCCUGCUCCAGGACCCCGCCCUCCUGCGCCAGCUCCUCCCAGCGCUGCAGGCCACGCUGCAGAUGAACAACGGCAGCGUGGACAUGGCCAAGAUCAAUGAAGUUCUAGCAGCAGCUGUGACUCAAGCUUCCUUACAGUCUAUGCUUCAUAAGCUCCUCACUUCUGGACCAUCAGCUUUCAACAUCACUGCUCUGCUUUCCCAGGCUGCCCAGCACUCCAACCAAGCCCAGCCGCCCAGCCAGUCCCCUCUGUCCCUGAGCUCCGAGGCCACCUCUCCCCGGCCCUACAUCUCCCCCAGGAACGGCACCCCUCAGAGCAACCUCCUGGCCGGCCACAAGCCCCUGCUCUCCAUGUCCCCCGCCGCCGCGCAGCCCAGGGUGACCUCGUCGUCAGGUAAGCCAGGAGCAGCAUCCUCCCAGCCCCCACCUGAGAAGAGACCAGAGGACCCCAGGACUCUGCUGCAGAGGAGUAGUCCCUCCCCAGGACCAAACCACGUAUCAGCGGCAGGAUGCCUCCCGGCCCCGCCCCCCUCCUCUGCCCAGGGCCACGCCCCCGGCCACGCCCACGCCCCCGGCUCCUUCACCCCCACCCUGGUGGCCCACUUUGAUGAGAAGCUCAUCAGACACGUGCAGGGCUGGCCGGCAGAGCACCUGGAGAAACAGGCGUCCCGGUUGCGUGAGGAUGCCCACAACAUGGGGAGUCUAUACAUGUCUGAGAUCUGCACCGAGCUCAAGAACCUGCGCUCCCUGGUCCGGGUGUGUGAGAUCCAGGCUACGCUGAGGGAGCAGAGGAUCCUGUUCCUUCGGCAGCAGAGUAAGGAGCUGGACAAGCUGAAGAACCAGAACUCCUACAUGGUCUGAGUCUGGGGCCUGCUGUGUCACUUCCUGUCUGGGCUGGAACCACACACACAAACACACACAUGUAUACACACACACGCAUACAU